UGUUUCUCCCGCCAUCAGUUUUAAAUCUUCUUCUUAACAUGUUUAUUGACGCUGUGUUAUUAUUAUUGUUUUUAAUUUAUUUUUAAGCGUCGCCAAACAAACAAAGCGGAACCUUUGUUUUUGGUUCCGCCCCCCUCUUGUCUCUGCUCGCUCAGGAUGAAGUAGCUUCCGGGCGGACAGGGUGCCAGCAGUAAACAUGGCGGAGGAACUGCUGGAAGCAGUGGACAGACUUCGGGCUCGGCUCCUGGAGACUCCGGAGCCUCGAAAGCUUCUAAAGACGUUCAAACGUCUGGGGGAACUUCCCAUGACUGUGGACAUCCUGGUGGAAACUGGAGUGGGGAAGACUGUGAAUUCUUUUAGGAAACAUGAAGUAGCUGGAGAUGUGGCCAAAAGCCUCGUAGCCAAAUGGAAGAAACUGGUUCCUCAGUCUGCAGACAGACCCACCAACAGCCACAUCAAAGAGGCACCGCGGUCACACACACACUCUCGAGGCCCAGAGGCAGGUGGUGGUGGUAGCGGCGGAGAAGGAGGCCACAGACGAACCCGGGAACCCUCCCCUGAAGAUGAGCCGCCCUACAUGGAGGAGGAGGAGGAGGAAGAAGAGGAGGAGAGAGGCUAUCACACGAACUACUCGCCCUCACCUCCUCAUCAACACGAGCAGUACAGCCCUCCACAGCGAGAAGGCUAUCAGUCGGACGAGUACGAGAGCCCCGAGCCCGAGCCAGAGCCAGAGCCCGAGCCUAGUCCUCCUCCUCCUCGCAAAGAGGUCCGCUACACCAAACCCAACAAAGAACCCAACAAGAACCACCAUCACAGUUCCCACGGCGACAAAAACAGAGACAGAGACGAGGAGCGGCGGCAACGUCAUGCACAGAUGAGUACUGAUCGAGGAGGGGGAGGUGAAGGAAAGAAACGCAGCGCAGACAGAGACAGACAGCAGAGUCCUGUACAGAAGUCUGCAAAGCACAGCAAGAAGUCCACCACGCACGAGAGCAAGAGGGAGGAGAAGAAGAAAGGAGGAGAUGACGGGCGGCCGCGAGUUUCCAAGGACUCUCCAUCCAAGGAGGAGGAGGACUUUUUUGAGACUCCCACCAUGUCCUUCGAGUCUUUUCUCACGUACGACGCCCCGACGUCUGUCAAGAAGAAGAAGAAGCCGUCGUCAUCGUCGUCAUCCUCGUCUCACAGUCGGCCGUCUUCAUCCUCCGUCUCGUCCUCCCAUCAUACACGCACCCCUCUGCCCUCCUCUUCCUCCUCCUCCUCUUCCUCCAAAGCGAGCAAAGCUAACGGCACUCAGAGCACCAAGAGGUCGCAUUCAGGCUCCAGUUCAGCUGCAGCGACACCUGAAAAACGCAAGAGGGUUGUGGAGGCCGUUCCGAUUCUUCCUGAAAUCCCUCUGCCAGCUAUUCAACCCAAUUACAGACCUCUGCCCUCCAUCGACGUCACGCCGCUGUCCCCUCAGAGACGGAAAGUUCCUGUCUGCAACGAUGAGGAGGACGCCGGGUUCACAGGGAAGCGAUUCAACUCUAAGAUGGUCGUCUACUCAGGAUCCAAGACCUCCUACUUACCCAGGAUGAUGACUUUGUACGAGCAGUGCAUCCGUGUGCUGCAGAACAACAUCGACUCCAUCGCCGAGGUGGGAGGAGUGCCGUUCGAGAUCCUGGAGCCGGUGCUGGAGCGAUGUACGCCCGAGCAGCUGUACCGCAUCGAGCAGAGCAACCAGUGGUUCACGGAGGAAUCUGACGAGCUGUGGAUGCGCCACUGUCGGCGGGACUUCAAGCGCGAGUCUCCUCAGGAGUACGAGUCGUGGAGGGAGAUGUACCUGAGGCUGCACGACGAGCGCGAGGAGCGUCUGAAGCUGCUCACCCAGAACAUCUCAUCCGCACACGCCAACAAGCCAAAAGGGCGGCAGGUUAAGAUGGCGUUUGUGAACUCUGUCGCCAAACCGCCGCGGGACGUCCGCCGCCGACAGGAGAAGUUCGGCACCCUCAGCGGUUCAUCCACAGCCGCCUCCACCGCGGCUGCAGCUCCCAUCAAAAUAAGACCAGCGAACAUCGACUAUUCUGGUGAAUCCAGCCGCUCCACUUCCUCCCAACUUAACCCGUCUCCCAGCUCGUCUCGCUCCUCAGCACUAGGAGGAGGUGGAGGAGGUGGAGGUGGAGGUGGAGCAGGACCCGCCGCCCGUGACAAGCCACAGGUCAAAAAAAUCGCCCCCAUGAUGGCCAAAACUAUCAAAGCUUUCAAGAACAGAUUCUCCCGCCGAUAGUGUGAAAGAGACUGAAUGUAUUUUAUGAAUUCCAACUUUUUAAUUUAAGUUUAGAAAAAUUUUACCGGAGACCCUUUUCAACCCUACACACACACACACACACACACACACGCCGUCAUCUUCACCCACCAAACAUAUCAAAUCAGUUGUUUGUUUUUAUUUAAGUGAUGGCGUCUGUUUGGAGGGGUCUUUUUAAAUAAGUAUUUGAAACAUGAGUGUGACCUCUGCGUCAAGAAAAUUAAGUCUCCAACGUUUAACAAGAUGCAAAGGACACACACACAGUUUGUUACUUUUUCGUGUUUUGCAGCAGACAUUUGAAGAGGACCUUUUUGGAAAUACACGCGUUUGCUUUCUUAAUGACGGCAGUAAAGAUAGAUCGACACCGUGUCUGCAGACUAUAUGAAGCUACUACUUAGCUUGGCAUAGCAUAUGAUAAAGACUGGAAUCAGUGUAACGGUCGGUUACUAAAUCCCCCUACCCGCACCUCUGAAGCCCCAAAACUAACAUGUUGUACUUUGUCUGUUUUUAAACGGUUUAAAUUGUAAAAACAGCAUUUCUGUUUAUCGGGGUGGAGACAACUGGAAGUUUGCAGUCACGACAGAGAAACAGUUUGGCACAUAAAAUGCAGUUUUUACAUGUUUUAUGUACAUAUGAAACAGCUUUAAAUGUGCUGUUAGGCUAGCUGUUCCCCCUUGUUUCCAGUCUUUGUGCUAAGCUAAGCUAAGCAGCGUGAUGUUGAUCAUCUUUUGUCAAGAAAACAAACAAUAUUUCCUAAAAACAUCAAACUUUUUCCUUCAUUGGACCCAAAACGUCAUAGUUUUUUAAAAUUUAAAGAUAGGCUGUGAUCGAAUGAAACACUACACGAGGAAAAACUGAUAUCUUUUUAAAGGCAUGCAUGCUGCACGUCAGCUGAGGUAUUAAGACUCCACCAGAGACGUCGACUGGCUGGUUAAAGACUUUUUUUUUUUAAACAA